GAACUGGCUAUGGACUCCAUCAAAUCUGCCCGUACCCCCUUUGACGACGCCGACGCCGAUGUCAUCCUCCGCUCUUGCGACGGCGUUGACUUUCGGCUCUACAAGAACGUCCUAGCAAAAGCGUCCACCUUCUUUCGAGAGUUUUUUUCCCUCCCCAAGCCCCCCGACGCGCCCACGACGCUGCGAGCAUUUAUACUCCCAGAAAAUGCGGACACACUAGAGCGGCUCUUCCGUUCAUGCUACCCCGUUGCGCGUCCGCACUUCCCCACCAUCGACGACGUCCGCACCACGCUUGCGGCUGCGACGAAGUAUGCCAUGGACCACAUCAACCCGAUUCUAGAGGAGGCGCUGUUGCGGUUCCUGGAGCGCGAGCCUCUACGUGUAUACGCCAUUGCGUAUCUCUUCCGCCUGGAGGAUGUCGCGCGCGCCGCUGCCAGAGCGCUCCUCGAGUACCCCACAGUCGCAGAACCGGACACCCCUCCUCCCGAAUUCGACGAACUUCCCACACGGGCGAUGUAUGCCCUACUCAUAUAUCGCCGGCGAUGCGUUGCGGCCGUGCUUGCGACUCUCGAAUACAAAACGCAUGGCUGGAUGAAUAUGGACCGAAGGGCGAUGGCAGCACUUGAACCCGGCGUGAUUUUGUGGACCUGGCUGAAGUGUGAACGCCACCAGGGGUGGCCGCGUCAACUUGAACCAUUGGAGGGCCCCGAAGGCGGUAGUAUCGCGAUGCCUCAACAGUGGUGGCAGGAUCAUUGUGGCGAGCUGAAGAGGAAACUCGCCCAGCGACCCGUCGCACGACUCGCGACGGAUAUGUCGCUUAUCGAACUCACUGUAUCCGACGCAUCCGCAUGCGCUACUUGCAGGCCUCAUGCGUUGAGAGAUGUGCUUGAUUUUGGCGAAACGCUCGCAGAGAAGAUCGUGGAGGCUUUGGAUGAGGUGAGA